AUGAGUCCUCACGCUUACGUCCCCGUCGACGGAGCCGCGGCUUGCCAAGACCCUGAUCAACCUCUCAACAUCGUCAUCCCCAUCGGUGGCAUCGGCUCCCGCUUUGCGAAGCAUGGCUUCCGAUACCCCAAGCCGCUCAUCAAUCUCGUCGGCCGCCCGAUGCUGGUGUGGCUCUUGGAGAACCUGCAUUUUAGGCCUGGCGACACCGUGUGGGUCGCAGUCAACCAAGAGAUCGACGACGAUUUCCACCUCGGUCAGCUCGUCAGGAAGACGCUGCCUGGAAUCAACCAUCGCAUCCUGCGACUAAGGCAUCAAACCAAGGGAGCCAGCGAAACGCUUUACAUCGCUAGUCAGUCCAUGACAAGCGAGCAUCUACAGCGAAAGACUGUAUCCCUAGACUGUGACACGGUCUACUGGGCCGAUAUCCUGAGCCAGGUCAGGCACUUGCCCCCCCGCCAUGGCGCUUGCUUCUACUUCCCAGACCAUGGAGACAAGCCCGUUUUUUCCUACAUCGAGACAGAGCCUCGGAACGGCCUGGACUACAUCACCGAUGUCCAGGAGAAGAAGGCCAUCUCGGACAAGGCCAACUCGGGCGCAUACGUGUUUCCGAGCGGCCUGCAGCUUAAAGCAGCAGCCGCCGAGGUCCUAGACAUGCGCCAUCCCGACGACCAGAUAAUUGGCGAAUACUACACCUCGAAGCUCGUCCAGCACAUGAUCAGAAAGGGGACACCCUUUGCCGGCGUGGGUAUCCAGGAAGACGAUUUUACUUGCGUGGGCACGCCCCAGCAGCUGCAGGAUUUCCUUAUGAAUAUCAAGAUAGGAAAGUGCAAGCUUCCUAUCAAGAGUCAGAGGCGUCGCUUCUGCUUUGAUCUCGACGGGACACUGGUAGGCGUGCCGGCUGUCCUCGGCGACUAUUCCACCUGCCCACCCAUCGACAAGAACAUUCGCCUCCUGCAGCAGCUGUUCGAGGCCGGCCACUACAUCAUCAUUCAAACCGCUCGACGCAUGCGAACCCACAAUGGAAACGUUGGAUCCGUUAUUGCCGACAUCGGAGCCGUCACAUUUGCGCAGUUGGCCCGGUAUAGCAUUCCUUUCCACGAAAUCAACUUCGGCAAGCCUUUUGCGCAUGUCUAUAUCGACGACCUGGCCGUCAAUGCCAACAUUGAUACCACGAGGGAAAUCGGCUGGCUUCUUGAUGGCCCGACGUCGCUCACGCCGGCCGCGCCCGAGCUUGAGUUUAAGCUUGCCACGGAGCAAAAGAUAAAAAAUUCAAUGGUCGCAGCACGCGAUUUCAACACUAUCCAGAUCCUCGACGGAAAGGUCGUCAAGUCUAGCAAGACAGAACAUAUUCUCGGCGAACUAUUCUUCUACUCCCAUAUGCCCCCUGAGGUUGCGAUUUAUUUCCCUUCUAUCUAUAGCGUCGACUUUCUCCCCCCCACCAGCACCUAUAUUAUCACUAUGGAAAACUGCGGGGGACUUACCUUCUCACACCUUCUCGUCGGCCGCUCUAUCACCACCGGCCGUUUUGAACACCUCCUCAAGGCUCUUCACUCGAUUCACUCGAGCCAAGGAACGAGCCAGCGCAGCCUGCGGAUAUCGUCAGAACUUGAAUCACGGUUCAAUAAGCAUACCUUGCCGAGUGCUGACCGGCGACCCAACAUUUACGCCAAUUAUGGGUCUAAGCUCCGCAGACGUUAUAGCGAAUAUCGAGCCCUAUAUAACGUGCUAGGUCCUCGGGCCGCCCUUAUCUUUAGUCGGCUGUGUGAGUUCCUUGAUAGAUACGAAGCCGAGGACCGAGGCGGCUUUGCGCAUGUAAUCCACGGCGACCCUGUCUUCAGCAACGCCAUCUUGAGGGAUAGCCAAAAGACGGUCAGCUUUAUUGACGUCCGCUGCCAGCUCGGAGAUACCUUAACGCCCGAAGGAGACGUCAACUACGAUCUGGCUAAGGUCCUGCAAUCACUCUGCGGCUACGACCAUGUCUUGUUUCUGGCCGAGAGCCCGGACAGAGUCGACGACAUCAUCACCAACCAAAAGCCGCUGCUAGACCAAGCAGACAGCAACCUCCUCGAGCAUCUUCAGCGACACUUUUUCACCUUCCUGGCUAAGAACUACCCUGCGCCUGUGGACCGCGAGACGCUGUUGCGUAUCACGGCCUCGCUGUUGUUUAGCCUGAUUCCUCUACAUAAGCCGGAAAUGGGGGCUUUAUUUCUGCGACUUUGUCAGGAGACGUUAGAGAAGGCCGACGACGCGUGCCUUGAGGAACGAAAGGACUUGCCUUGA